UGUUGCCCUUCUGCAAGGGUACCGCCACUGUCGCCGUCGGAUCCUCGACCAAGUGCGGAGAAAGUCUCGGGUACAAAUGGUUGAUUGGGUCUGGAGGUCUUGGCUGCCUGAAGUUGUGCUGAAAUAGAGUUCGGCAGGGGAAUUUGGUAUCCACCAAAAAGUACCAGCACUUGUCCUAAGUUUGGAGCUUGGACCAGGGUUUUGGUUAUCGAGGCGUCGAGGAAAAAAAAAAAUCAACUUUGAUCCCAUGCUCUUAUCCGUGCCUUGACUUUUUGGCCCUAUCUUCACUCACCAAGUUGCUCCCAUUCACCAGUUCACCACCACCACCACCAAGAAGUUUUGAUAGUUCCGUUUUGCCAGCAAUUUCACUUUACACACACAAACCGCAAAAAUGGGCAAGAGUUCGAGAGCCAGCACUAUCAAACAAAACAACCGGAAACUCAAGGCCAAUGUCUUUGGGCCCGUCGAAGCGGCUCGUGCUGAGCGUCUACAUGCCAAGUUGGCAGAGCUCAUUGCGCAGCCCAAGCCUGUGAAGGAGGUCGAGAUGAACGACGAGCCCGUGAAUGAGGAGGUCAAGGAGGUUGAGGCUGAGAAGGAGGAGGCUGCCAUGGAGGUUGAUGAGAAGCCAGCGGCGCCAUACAAGGAGAAGGAGCGCAAGCGGAGAGGCAAAAAGUCCAACAUUGUCUUCCGCAAGAAGGGCCCCAAGACCAACAGCAAGAAGAAAUGA